AUGGCGCCUGCAACCCCGUCCUCGGACUUUGUCCCUGGGACUGUUCAUCUCGUUGAUCUCGAGGGAACGAUGCGCUCUCGCCAUGCAGAGGGUGGCCGUCGAGACGUUGUUCUUAUUCCGGCACCUUCAUCGGACCCUGACGACCCCUUGAACUGGAGUCCCCGAAGAAAGAACUUGUUUCUCUUCUGUAUUUGCAUCUACUGUCUCGCGGUCGGUAUUGCAUCAGCGGCCAUCUACUCCGUCCUUGUCCCAAUCUCGACGGCGACCGGACUGACCAUCGAGACUCUCGUCUCCGGCACUGGCUACAUGUUCUUGACUCUUGGAUGGGGCUGCUUGAUCUGGCAACCCCUUGCUCAAAAGUUUGGAAAGCGCCCUGUCUACCUCCUCUCUCUCCUGGGUACCAUGGCAAUCAUGAUAUGGGCUCCCCACGCCACCACCAACGGCCAAUGGAUAGCCAACAAGGUGAUCCAAGGCGUAUUCGGCGCACCGAUCGAAUCUCUUUGUGAAAUCUCUAUUGCGGAUGUUCAUUGGUGUGCCAUCUUCAACGGCGGCGGAUUUCUGAUCCUUUUCUUUCUGAUGGAGGAAACCAAUUUCAACCGCAAAGCCAUUUUGGCUGUUGACGUAGAUGAGGACACAGAAUCAAGACUGACACCCGUCGAUCAACCAUCACGGAACCAGUCCGAUUCGGAAAAGGCGGCUGCUCAGGAGCACAGCAUUUCCAACAACAUAGACACCGCCGAGGGACAGUUUCGGCCGAGGACAAACCUGACAUUCCUUCAGAAGAUGAAGAUUAUCCGCCGCCAAGACCUCCAGAAUGACGUGCCUCUGAUGGGCAUGCUGACGAGGCCAUUCGUCUUCUUCUCGCUGCCCAUCGUCGUGUUCUCCGGUUUCAUGUACGGGGCGAUUGUUUGCUAUUUCAAUGUUCUGAACGGCACGGCGUCUCUCAUAUUGUCAUCCCCUCCUUACAACUUUUCUGCCAGCAUCGUUGGCCUUUCCUAUGUGUCCUGCCUCAUCGGAGUGUUCUUCGGCGUCGCAUAUUCCGGACCUUUUGGUGACAAGUUUAUUAUCUGGAAAGCCCGCCGCAACAACGGCAUCAUGGAGCCCGAGUACCGAUUGUGGCUCUAUAGCUUGUUGCUCAUUACGAUCCCUGGCGCAAUGCUCCUCUGGGGAGUUGGCGCGGCCCAUAAGGUCCAUUGGUUUGGCCUAGUGUUUGCCAUGGGCGUCUUGGCUGGGUCGGUGGCAAUCGGAUGCCAGUUGCCCAUCAGCUACUGCAUAGACUGUUACAAGGACCUCGGCGCUGAUGCCAUUGUCACCGUCAUCAUUAUCAGAAACACGAUGGGUUUUGCAGUGAGCUAUGGAAUCACCCCCUGGGUCAUGAACAUGGGCUACCAGGAUGCGUUCCUUCUUGCUGCUUUCACGGCCCUUGCUCAAACUGCCGUGUUCCUUGUGUUUAUCAAGUGGGGUCGUCAGAUUCGCAAAGCUAGUGUUGAUAGAUACUUGAAUCAAGGUAAUGCUUCAUCACCCAAUGGCGAAGAAUCCAGCUAUGAGCUGGCUGUCCGGUACAAACAUGCCUUCUUCACCAUGGCGUUCACCGCCGGGAGCGCUGCACCAUUCUCCGAGAUUGAGUUCAGGCUCUUCAACUACUUUCUUGACAGUGACGGCCUCUCGCCGCGACUCGUGCUCCCAACAUGGAACAAGUCCUCCUUCCAGGAAUACCAAUGCGAGAUCGCCUCCAUGAUGCUACACUGCGAGUGCGUAAAAUACGCAGUCAUGGCUGCCUGUGCUGCAACCCAAUUCAUACGAUUCCAACAAAAACGGCACCAGGCGGUUGCGCUCACAUGCUAUUCGCGGGCCGUCGAGGAGGUGAAUCAGGAGCUCAGCAGGGUACAGUCGGGCCAGACGGUUCCUGGGAUCUCGCUGCUUACCGCAGUCAUUUAUCUCUAUAUCUACGAUUUGUGGAGUCUAGACAACGUUGUCGAUCCCCGAAAACACGUCGCUGGUGCUAUGAAGCUACUCAACGUUGUCUUCAGCAACGAGUCCCAUCAGCCAUUCACGUCGCGGGCCACUGGGAGACUUACAGUAGAGAGCGUACUCUACCAGGCCUCCUUGCUGUCGAUGAGGAGGCCCUUCACAGCCUAUUUUCCUGUCGAGGGCCAAUGGUUGGACCAGGUCGAAUCCAUGCUCGACUCAACCAGGACGAAUACAGCAACAUCACGUACAGAUUCGAGUCCAGUACUCGGUAUGCCUCUAUCACUAUACCGCCUCAUUCUCGACGUUCUGAACUUUCGCAACUGGGCUUCGCAACAGAGCGCUGACUCAUUGGCCCGGUUGAGAACGGAAAUGGACUUCUGGGAAGCUUUUGUAUUCAUGGACAGCAACACCGCCUCGUUGUCGCCAGAGGACGGAGGCUCCUCUUCCGAGACGACCAUUCUAUAUGUUCUCGCGGCUUCGCUUCUCCUAGACUGGAUCACCGAGGCUUCCACAUCCGGAUUGUGGGCUGCCAACGCCCCGCCCCCUGAUGAAGUCAUCUUUGGGAGUCGCAGGCCAGGAAAAGGCCCUUGGCAACUCUGCCAGGGGCUGGAGAUUUUGCGUCGGCCCAACGCUUCCAGCGCUUGGUGCCACGGCUUCCUAGGGGUUUGGCCAAUUCUCAUUUUCGGGUAUGCCGUUUCUAGCGAGGGAGAAAUGAUGCUAUUGCGGAAUUUGCUGCGCGACAUCCUGCAACGUCUGACUUAUGGGGAAGUACAACGGACUCUUGACGAGUUGGAAGAUGUAUGGAGUGUAAGGAAAGCUCAAGUCGAGGAAUGGGGUGAGCGAGGGGAUGUUGAUACACAGGAGCUGUUCUCCCCUAGGAUGAGUGUUCAGGAAAUGUGCUAG